CCGUCCAGGAAGCGCGUCAACGACGUCGGAGUCCAUGGCAAUGAAACGGUCGCAGGGAGGGCCAGGACCGUUGUCGUCCUCAGUCAGGCGAGUAGUCGAUCUGAUGCGACCGGGGGGAGGAAGGGACGCGGAGACACAUAGACUCUCACUUAUCUCCCUAAACCUUCCCUCCCUCUUUCUCUCUCUCUCUCUCUCUUUCUCACUCCGUCACUCGCUGCGCGUGGCCCGAAAUGUGCAAGGUUGAUUGAGCUUGUGAGGAUCCGAGCUCGCCUGCAAGCACCGAGGGUGACAGGAGGGCAGACAGUGAGGCAGGCAGGCAGGCAGGCAGAUAUGGGAGCAGGGAAGUGCAGAGCGGAGCUGAUAGUAUUCUGCAACGUCUGGCCGGGGGCUAAAGCGGGUCGACUCUCAAUGGUCACUGACUGACCCACUGAGCGUCCGUCCGGCCGUCCUGGGCUCAGAUCCCAGCAGGCGAUUCUGACUGUCGUGUCUGCCAAGAGAUCCUCCGCCUGCGGUACGAUCGAUGCACAGACGGAACGGCUGGCUUGCAACCUCAUUUAUUGACUCGUCGUCCGUUCCGCUCGUCGACCUCGACCUGUUGGUCCUCGCCUCCGGCCGGCGUCGCCAUGGGCUCCCGGCGACGGUCCGGCCUUGAGCAUUGCGGACAUGGCAGGAGAUCGAUGCAGAGCCGAGCAGAGCAUAGCAAGCAGCGGAAGAAAGGACUGUUCGUCUGAUGUCUGUACGACAUCAAAAGCGUCCCCCUCUCUGUCCUAUAUUUAUUGAGGUUGGAAAGCUGAGUGAAUGAGGCUUCGCUGCGAGCCACUCACUGGCUUCGGUGCCGAGAUGGAAGUGGAGUGGCAGCUGUUCACUACUCAGCAUCGGCUAUGGAGGGAGCAUUUUCAGUUUGGUGUUAAAGUUGAGGUCAUGAGACAGUCGGGAUUCAUACAGAGAGAGAGGGAGGGAAAGAGAGAGAAGACGAGAGCCCGGUCCCACCAACGCCUAGGUCAAUCGCAGCAGCAGCUAACUCCAACAUCGAGACUGCUCUUCUGUCUCGCAGCUCGAUAGUUGCAAUCUCCGAGAGUCCCAACGGGAUAGGUCCGGUCCGAUCUUCAGAGCGCCCGAAGACUUGGCGCAGCUGUGAAGGAGUUGUAGAUCAUACACCAGAAGGUUCAGAUCUCUAUGGCAAGCUAAUGGCGAUCCCGUAUGCAUCAGAAGAAUGCGUUUCUGCGAGAUCAUGAUAACCAUUGUACAGAAGGGGAAACCCAUCGAGUCAAGCCUAACGCAAGUCUAGUGGUAGGUGCGAAAGUAGAUCCACUCUUGUCCUGGUCGCACUAAUAAAGCUUUGGGAUGGACAAAACAAACUGCGAGAGUAGUUCGAAAGUAGGUAGUUCCAGAAAUUUAAUUUGUGCCACUUCCGUGCUUUCCUUUCUGAUGUUGCAGUUUAAUAUGGACACCUCAGUCUACACAAAUCUGAUUGGUACACUCUCAAAUUCGGGAAUCCAGAGUCUGGGGGGAAGGUUUUAUCAGUAAACAUGUCCGAAUAAACUUGAACAAAUGUGGAGGAAAUCAUGAGACUCUUCUUUCCCAAUGCUCACGUCCAUCAUUGCUUCCCCACUUGCAAGCAACUUGAGCAGAGGAUAUUGUGGAUUUUCACUUGCAAUAAUUGGUGGGACCACAGACCGGCAAGUCAGCUUUGAAUUUAAAAUUGCAGAUUUUUCUCAUCGAUGGGUCCAAUGAUUUUCGAGCAUGAGGACCGAAGGGGUGAAACCUGCUCGAGCUUUCCAACUUCUAAAAAGCUCGGGUUUGAGAAUCCUGCAUAGUACGAGGUCAGUCUAGCUGUGACAUUCCGUAUGAUGAAUUCAACAGCAAUAUCAAACUUGCACACGUGUGUUUCUAUCACACCACAUUAUGCUCACCUUCGUCACAUGUGACAAUAAAAUAUACAUUGGACUACUAGCUU